AAAAUAACCUCAGUUCUGUCAAAAAUAUAACGUCGGCAUGUGACAUUUCACAAUGAUGCAAUCAAUUUAACAAUCGAGCGUUUAUUAAAUAUUAAUUUAACAACAAAAAUACGCACCGUUUGCACUCAUGACGUCAAAGAAAUCAAUUUAAAAUGGAAUUUUUGGGAGAGGCGAUCAUCCUGGGGGUGGACGCAAUAAUAUUUGGGGUCUGUUUCACCGAGUACGUCAAAAAUAGGGGUGCAAUUGGAAAAAUAAAGUCUGCCCCUUAUCUGGAAAUUCACAGGGAUCUGAAAGAUAUCGUCCAGAGUCAUCCAAACCAAAAAAUACCGUACGUUAUUAUACGAGGAACUGUAAAACCGCUUGGUAAUCCGGUGAUUAGUGCAAAUAAUCCUCAAAUAACUGGUGUGGUGCAAUCUUUAAGUAUUCGCGAACAUGUAGUACAAAGAAGUAGUGCUGGAUUUUGGUCUGAUCAAGAAAGAAUUAUUAACGAAAGUCAUAAUGUUACUCCAUUUGUUCUACAAACAAGUGGAAGUAAUGUGGAAAUAUUGGACCCUUUGGCCGCUGAAAUAUUGGAUAUGGACGUUAUUAGCAAUCAAUUUAAUCCAAAUCAACCAAAGGUAAUGGAUCAUGUGUGGGCUUUUUUUGUUGGAAUAAAACAAAAAGGGGUACAAACAACAGAAAAAAUGUUAAGAACUAAUGCAAUUAUAACUGGAAUAGGAGAAUUAGUAACCUCAAGUGAUGGUAAAAGAGUUAAAUUACAACCACCGACUAAUGGUUCGCCAUACUUCUUAACGACAAUGCAAGUUUCUUCAUUAUUAAGAAAAUUAGAAAGUAGUAAAAAAACUUAUAAAAUUAUCUGUGUAUUAUGUGCUAUGGUAGGCGUAUUUGUUGGUGGGAUAAUUGCAAAAGGAUUUAUGAAAAAACGAAGAGUAAAAUUAGAAGAAAUGAGACGAAGAGAAGAACUUCAAAGAAGUAGAAAAGAAAGAAGAAAGAGAGUAAGAGAUGAAGAUUUACCUGAAAAUCAAAUUUGUGUUGUGUGCAAAGUGAAUCCUAGAGAAAUUAUUUUAUUACCAUGUGGACAUGUGUGUUUAUGCGAAGAUUGUUCAAUUGACAUUCAAGACUAUUGCCCUGUAUGUCGGUCUAAAAUUGAUAAGAAAUCGGCUGCUUAUAUUUCUUAGCAUUUUUAAAUAAUGCUUGUUGAUUUUAUGUACAUAUUUUUUUUAAUAAAAAAUAAAAUAAAAACAAAUUUG